UUCUAAUUUUGUUGUAGCUUCGCGGCAAUUAAUGGGAGAUGAAUGAAGCGACUAGCUAGGCUUUAGCUAGCGACAACAAUAUCACAGCAUAUUAACUGGCACUAAUAUGCUGGAACAAUAGACCAUGGAGUAAUAAAGACACUAUUGGAGCUGCUUAGAGUGUCCACCGUCUGGGUUCUGUAUGCUUGGCCCAUAAACUAAACAGGAAAGCCUAUUGAUCCGGGAAUAGCUUGCCAAUAACAAACGUUAGCAUGCAUGGGAAGGAGUCGCCUGGGGUGGAUGCAAGACUGAAACUGUCAGCUGAAUCAAUUUAUAACACACCAUCUCGAGAGGGCUGAGGCAACAGUGGCAUCAUGUACCGGAGCCCUAAUAAUCCCAUGAAGCCCAGCUGCAACAGCAGCAGCAUCACUGAGCUGCUGAGUGCCCUGUGUGAUUGCAGCCUGUCUGGAGUAUCAUGGAAGCGCCGAGCCCUGGGUGGAAUCUCAAGAGAAGGUUUCCGCAAAGCUCUGAAGAAGCGUGCCUACGGUGCCCUGCUGUCCAAACUAUUUCAAGACGGCACCAAAGGUUCAGCCUCAGGACCAAGUGCCACAGCUAAUACGCCGCCCAGGAACAAAGUCAUGAUGAUAUGUUUUGACUUGCGGGUGGCAGGGUGCAGAGAGGAAGCAGAGAGGUUGGAGGAGCAUCUUGAGAGGCUGCCGGAGGGAGCAUCCUCUGGCCUGAAGGAAGUAGACGCAGUCCUCGAGCUCCUUGUGCACCUAGCCGGUUCAGCACCUCCACCCCCUACCUUUUUCAGCAGGGACUACAUGAGACGAGAGCGGCCCGUGCUGCGGAGGCCUCGACCCUGGGGCUACCAGAGCGAGGAGCUGCAGAGGUUGGAGGCCCGGGCGUGGGGGCUAGUGUGUGGGGAAGAAUGGGGGACUUUGGAAAGUUUGUUUGGAACUCAGAGGUUGAUGGAUGCUCCUCCGGGCACCGGGCUGCUGGCACUGAGGACUAAAUUGGAAGCGGAAGAAAGAUUUGACAAGGAGACCAGGAUGACGCUGUUCGGAGCACUGCAGCACACUCGCACUUCAGACAUAGACAUAAGACUGGACCUGCCUCCUAUUCCCAGUAAUAUUGAUGUAACUGGGCUGGCAAUCAGGGUCCCCCCCUGUUUAGAUCAGUCUGAGGAUGAGGGCUUCCAGUCAGCCUCUAAUCUAACCCCAGAUUCUCAGUCAGAGCCCAGUCCCAUUCCAGACAUUGAUAUAUGGGAGGCUGUCCGCACUUUUGAGCCUGGAAGGCGCCGCUGCUGGGAGUCUAUUGGCUGCCCACCAGGGAAAAGGGAGUCUCUCUAUCUGACAGAGGGAGGCAGGGAGGCCUUUGACCAGCUCUAUCGUCUAUGGGAGGGGGAGAUGAGAGUGGUGAGCACUAGUACACCCUCUCCUAUCCUCCCACUGCCCCUGGACUCUCAGACACAACUGGUAUCUGACCUCCUCAAUGUCCUGAUCGGAGUGGCGUCCACAACCUUCCCUCUUAACCAGAGUGUCCAGUUCGACGUCAGGCCUGGUGUGUGCGUGUCAGGAGCCUCUCCAGAGAGCGUGUCUCGUCUCUUGGGGGAGCUGGCCCAGUACGGCACCUACUACUUGAGGGUUAGCUGCUUUUCUCUGCAGAGUGCUGACAAGAAGGGCCUAGUCUUCCAGGCUUUUACAGGUGGUCUGAGGAAGUAUCUGCAUUACUACAGAGCUUGUGUUCUCAGCACUCCACCUACUCUCAGCCUGUUGACUAUUGGCUUCCUCUUUCGCAAAGUAGGCCGCCAACUCAGGUACCUGUCAGAACUGUGCUGUGUAGACGGGCCUCUGGGCUCAGGCCGGGCUACCUUCCCUGUGGGUGUUAAACUGAUGUCCUACCUGUACAAUGAAGCACAGAAUAACUGCAGCAACGAGAACUAUCCAGUCCUGCUGUCGCUGCUGAAGAGCAGCUGUGAACCUUAUACACGGUUCGUGUCUGACUGGGUGUAUAGUGGCGUGUUUCGAGAUGUUUAUGGAGAAUUCAUGAUCCAGGUCAAUGAGGAGUACCUCAGUUUCAGAGACAAACACUUCUGGGUUCAAGGCUACACUCUGAUCUCAAAGGAUGUGGAGGAUUGUGUUCCCAUCUUCCUGAGACACAUCGCCAAUGAUGUGUACGUCUGUGGAAAGACCAUCAACCUCCUCAAGAUCUGCUGCCCACAGCACUACAUCUGUUGGUCGGAGCUGCCGGUGCCUCGCAUUGCUGUCACUUUCUCCCUCCAGGAGGUGGAGGAGAUUGAGAGGGACUGCGCGGUAUACCGCGGACGCAUGGAGAGGAUUGCUAAGCACAGCGCCAUCAGCAGGGAGGAGCAGGCCCUGCGCACAGAGCAGGCACGCCAGGAGCUGAUCAAUCAGGUCAGAGAGUCAGCAGCCAAAACCCUGGAGAGCAUCCGCGGACGCCAGGUGUCACAACGUCUGGCCGAAGAGGCCAGGAAGAGGGAGCGUUUUGAGGAGCUGAAACAACACCUGGAGCAGGAGCAAGAGUGGCGAAGUGCCGCCAAGAAAAGGCAGGAGGAGGAUGACUUCAGCUUUGCCAGAGAGCUGAGGGACCGAGAAAAGAGACUACAAGCCCUGGAGGAGCAGCUGGAGCAGAGAGCCAGGAAGGAGCUGAUUGCUCAGUACAGCCGUCUGUCAGAGGAAGCAGCCCGCAGAGAGAGACGGGCCAUGUGGAGGGUGCAGCGAAUGAGACUUGAUGAAGCCCGUGCUCAGUUCUUCAUCCGUGACAGGCAGCACACUCAGGCAGUACUAGAGAAAUAUCCCUUAGGCCAGGAGAGACCUCCUGUAGAAGUGUUGCCUCCUGUUCCCUUGGCACAACAGACUGCACCACAACCAACCCUGGAAUCUCCCACUCAGGAGCCGUCUGAGCAGCAGCCAGCUGAGACUCAAGAAUCUGAUGCUGUAUCAUCACCACCACCUGGCGCAUCUUCAUCCACCCUCACCCCCCUUAUAGGACCAGACCCUGCCCUCAUCUCUGACGACAUUGAUAUCAAUGAUUUUCUCCAGAAGUCUGCCAGUCAGCAAGUGGAUAUGGCCCUACAGGAGAUUGGGUCUGACCUACCCGAAGUGUUCCCUACAGCGCUAAUUGACUAUGAUUUCAGUGCCCCCUUUAGUCCACUUGAGGGUAUCGCUGGUCAAGCCUCAGUUCAGCCCCGGCCUCGCUGGGGACCCUCAGUCCAGCCUGACUUGAUUCAAAGCCACCCCUCUUUCUCUCACAUUCCCAUAGGAGAGAAUAUGUCUCGAGUCCAAGAGAGUGUUCCCAAAGCCAGCCCCUUUGGUCAAGUCUCCAAAUCCAGCUUUCCUAUAGGCCAAUAUACCCUAGAGGAUCCCCAAAAUACGUCUAAAGCCAGUGUUUACAGACAUCCCUCUCAAGCCUCAGCACAGCCAGUAGAUGGGAGUGGUUCAGCUACAGAUGAAAAGCAAGAAGAAGCUGCACCUAUGGCACAACAGGAGACUGAAAUGGGGAUUUUGGAAAGUAAAUCAGAGGUAAAAGAAGAGUGUGAAACUGCUGAGCAUUCGCAAGAAGAUGGUGUGGUUGUUACUGCCCCCUAUAACACACUAUGGCAAGGCUUUGAUAAUGGUGACCACAAAGUAGUGACAAGUGUUUUUGACUGUAUUGGGGUUAAAUCACUUGAGGCAAUCACUCAGUACCAAAGGUCAGAUGCUCAAGAUAAAGCUGGUGAAAAUAUUUCUUCGCCAAAAAUUCAUGAUCAUGUCUCCAGUGCACACCUAAAGGCUGGAGAGCUAAUUUCAGAUGUUGUUGUCCCUCAACCGUCACCCAGCAUCCAUGGUCACUCCCUUGACGCUCACAUUAAGGUUGGAGAGUUUGGGUCAAAGGUGACUGCUCCUCUUCCAUCUCCUAAUAUCCACGGCCACGCCUCAGAUUCCCACAUCAAGAUUGGAGAACAUGUGUCAGAAGUUGAUGCUCCUCUACCUUCCUCCAGUCUUCACGGUCACUCUUCUGAUGCUCAUAUUAAAGUUGGGGAAAAUGUUUCAGAUUUUGUCUUUCUCUUUCCUACUCCGAACAUCCACGGUCAUGCCUCAGAUGCCCACAUCAAAGUUGGGGAGCAUGUUUCAAAUGUAGUUGCCCCUCUGCCCUCCCCUAACAUUCAUGGUCACAGUUCAGAUGGUCAUAUCAAAGUUGGGGAAAAUGUUUCAGAAGUUGUUGCAACACUUCCUACUCCCAGUAUCCAUGGUCACUCAUCUGACGCUAACAUAAAAGUAGGCGAGUUUGUGUCCAACAUAUCUGAAGCAAGACCUCGCAUGAGUAAGCAUGGGCACGCCUCAGACUGUAUGCUUCAAUCAGGCUGUGUGGUAUCUGGAGCUGAACCAGCCUUGUCCCCUCUGCCUGGAAGCUCUUAUGGUCACUCCUCAGACUCAACAUUAGGUGUUGGAUGUGUAGUUUUGGGAGAACCCAAACAUUCUCUACAUGGCAGUGCCCAUGGUCAUUCUUCAGACUCAAAUUUAGGCACCGGAUGUGUUGUGUCCCAAACUGAGCUACUUCCAUCACCCCUACCAGGCAGUGCCUACGGCCACUCCUCUGAUUCGACACUGGGCGUAGGUUGUGUGGUGUUGGGGACAGAGCCGCAACCCUCUGCACUACCAGGCAGUGUUUAUGGACACUCAUCAGAUUCUUCACUUGGAGUUGGAUGUGUGGUGAAGAGCAAAGGUAUUGGAGAUCAGCAGAAAACAGAGGACAAUGAAGAUAGUAAAGGUUCUAAGUUGGAGAACUCUGGUGAGCAGCUGGUUGAGGGCAUGGGGUCCUGGGCAGCUAGCUUCGGUUUGUCCCCUGGAGAAAAGUCUGAGCAGGAAUAUCUCUUGGCUUUGUCUGCUCAGUACCAGGUGGAACACUAUGAAGACUGCUACAACCUAAUGGCUUCGUCCCCCGAGUGUCAGAUGCUGAAGCAGGUAACUCGGGGCCCCUGGGGCCUUCCUAUGGAACCCACACUUCGCAGAGCUACAGACAGCACUGCAGUCCAACUCAGCGAGAUGGUUUCCCUGCCAGUUCUGAUAAAACACUCCGUCACCGCCCCGCUCAUCACACAUGUAUCUUUGGUGAACAAGGCAGUGGUGGACUACUUCUUUGUGGAGUUGGGAGUGGAGAGGCACUUUGAGGCACUGCGCCACUUCCUGCUGAUGGAGGACGGCGAGUUUGCGCAGUCCCUCAGUGAUCUGCUGUUUGAAAAGCUGGGCAGUGGGCAGACCCCUGGCGAGCUGCUGACCCCCUUGGUACUGAACUCCAUCCUCAGUAAGGCCCUGCAGUACAGCUUACACGGGGACACCCCCUUGGCCGGCAACUUCACCUUCGCUCUUCGCUUCCUCCCCGAGACCUUUCACCCACACGCACCUGACUCUCUCAACUGUCUGGAGCUACGCUACAAGGUGGACUGGCCGUUGAACAUCAUCAUCACGGACAGCUGCAUGAACAAGUACAACCGUCUGUUCUCGUUCCUGCUGCAGCUCAAACACAUGGUGUGGAGCCUCCGUGAUGUCUGGUUCCACCUCAAGAGAACGGCGCUGGUGAAAGGUGCGGGUCGCUCGGUGCAGUUUCGUCAGCUGCAGCUGUACAGACACGAGAUGCAGCACUUUGUCAAGGUGAUACAGGGAUACAUCGCCAAUCAGAUCCUGCAAGUGUCCUGGAGCGAGUUCACGGCCAAGCUGGCCACUGCCAGCGACCUGGAUGCCAUCCAUCGCACACAUGCAGACUACCUCAACAGAGCCAUCUUCAGGGGUUUGCUGACAGAGAAAGCGGCUCCGGUCAUGAACAUCAUCCACAGCAUCUUCAGCCUGAUCCUCAAGUUUCGGGCCCAGCUGAUCGCACAGCCCUGGGACAGCCAGCAGGGGGAGGCAGUGCACCCCAGCUUCAUUGCCAUGCAGCAGUCGUACAACACUUUCAAGUAUUACUCUCAUUUCCUUUUCAAAGUGGUGACCAAGCUGGUAAACCGAGGCUACCAGCCUCAUCUAGAGGAUUUCCUCCUUCGCAUUAACUUCAACAACUACUAUAAAGACUCCUGAGCCGUGUGUGUGUGUGUGUGUGUGUGUGUGUGUGUGUGUGUGUGUGAGAGAGUUUGAGCUUAAUAUAAGACAUGCUAUUUGUUAAAUACUUAAACAAUGCACCAUUGUGUACCAUGAGUGUUUACAUUUUUAGAAUCCCUUCUAAGACAAAGUACAGAUAGUCAGACGUAUAUAAUAAAUUAAGUUCUUCUGGCCUUCAUGUCAGUGUGCAAAAUACAUUAAAAAAACCCACCUGUACUCUUUAUUAGGGCGUGGAUUUGACAUUGAAACCACAUUAGGCAAUCAACCCCCAUAAGUCUGCAGGAUUUGAUCCACAUGCCCGUGUGCUUGAUUAAUUAGACUACUUCUAUAAUUUGUAAGCUGCCAAAGUUGGUAAUUGAGAUGGAGCUAAUGCCUCCCAUGCUCAGGUGUGCCUCCAGCUGUGUAGAUUUUAAGAGCAUAUAAAUUAAAUGUCAAUUAUAUGUAAAUACUAAAGGAAAAUGCUUUGCUCAAUAAA